CAGCAAGCUACAGCUGCUUCUGAGACUCCCUGAAUGCACCGUGAUGUCAACCCCCUGUAUUUUAGUACAGUAUGUCUGACUUACAAGAUAAGCAAUUGUACACAGUACUUUCUCAAUCACAUUAACAGACGCUCACACACACAGACACACAUGCACACACACACGCACAGAAGCAGCUGAGAUGACAGCAACUGCAGCAGCAUGUGUGGAGCUGCAGUGUGACUGCUGAUUGGAUUGUGUAGGUGGUGGUGGGGGGUCAUGGCAGACCUGUCCGGGCUGGAGAGCAGAGGGUCCUAUUUUUACCCCCGCUCAACACCCUCAUAUCACGACAGCUGUCCCCACAUCUCCUGUCUGUCCAGUGUCAGGAAUAGCCGGCCUAUCAGAGCGCUCCCCUUCUCCUCGGCCCUGCUGCUCCACUCUCUACUCUGCGUCUCCAGCCGCUCGCUCACCUCUUCUGCUUUGGUCAGUUUUGAGUCCAAUCGGUGACUUCUGGGGACAGUUUGGAUACAGGAGCUGUGAAAUUACUUCACUAACAGCUCUCCUCCUCCUCCUCCUGCUGCUCUCAUCUCAUCCAUCACGGCCCAUGACAGCAGAUCAGCCGACAUGGCAUUCUCAUCUCGCUUUUCCUUCUGGGAGCAAAAGAUCAAAGAAGAAAACAAGCCAGGCAGCAAAAGUCCAGACAGUGAUGGGCUGUCCAACCGGGCCAAGUCAGUGCCAGCUCUAGACCCCGGCAGGGGAUUAUUCCGGGCAAAAAGCCCCCCACCAGUUGCCCCUACAGAGUUGGCAAGGCGGGUCAGGAGUCCCUCCCCACCUAAAGUCAGGACACCUGUUACAGUGCCAGAGCGCUUCAAAAGCCCUGAGCCACCACCAAAGAUGGCAGAACGAUUUAAAAGUCCUGAGCCACCACCAAAGAUGGCAGAACGAUUUAAAAGUCCUGAGCCACCACCAAAGAUGGCAGAACGAUUUAAAAGUCCUGAGCCACCACCAAAGAUGGCAGAACGAUUUAAAAGUCCUGAGCCACCACAAGCUUCACUGAGCCCAGCGCCAGUUAUGAACAGUGAGCGAGAGCAAAAUGGCAUUAUGGGUAAAAGCGCAGUCAAUGGUACUGCCAAUGGUAAUAUCAAAGGUCCAUGCACCAGCACCAGCCACACGGAUACUGCAGAUGACCAGGGUCUAACACGCAAGAAGGUAGUGAAGGUGGUUCGUCGAGUUGUCAGGAAGGUCCUGCCCACAGAAGAGGAGGAGACCACUGCGCUAACACAACCAUCAGAAGCUCCACAGGUAGCGAAGCCUGCUCCUGAACCAGUUAAAGUGGUGCCAGCACCAGCUUCAGUACCUAAGGCCCCAGGUCCGCCAGUGUUCUCUUUUAAACAUGAUGUCAUCAAAACAGAAGAUAAGGAUGACAUUUCUCGAGGGUUGAGUAACCUCAUGGUCAGAGGUAGGACAAGGGACCCCCGCCCACGAAUACGCAAGGAUGAACGACCGGAGAAAAUAGAGUUAGAAAGGAAAAAUGAAGAGAAGAAGAAAGAGGAAAAAGUUGAUCCAAAGGAGAUAAAAGAGAAGAAAGAGGAUAAACCCACCCCAAAGCCACAAGAGGUCAAUUCCAAACCUAAAACCUCUGCUCCAGUUAUACAGGAAGUCAAAUCUCCCAUGGUUGCUCCAACUGCUACCAGCAUGGCUUCUGAAAAGCCAGUUCAACCUCCAACUUCUUCCAAGACCUCCCAUUCCAGACCUUCAUCCCUCCCACCAGUUGUUGGCUUUAUCCCAGCGCCCAAGCCCUCAACUUUGUCUCCACCUCCUGGCUUCAUACCUGCACCCAAACCAACUGCUGCCUCUAGAUCCACCCCCUCCAAAUCCUCCCCUCCAAAUCCUCCUUCAGCCACCACAACAGCCCAGAAACCUUCCCCCCUCUCUCCUCCAUCAUGUUCCAUCUCAACCCCUAAACCCGCUCCACUUGCAACUCCUGUGAGCCCUGCUCCUCCCCGUCCCAGUCCUGGUCCCCUGUCUCCCCCUCCAGGAGUCAUUCCCAUUCAACAGCCUGCUGUCAGAAAACAAGAGGGAUCAGUGGAAGAGGACCCUGUGGCCCUCCUUCAGGCAUCUCAUGCUGCAGCUAAGCAAUCCCAGGUGAAGACUGAGGAGCAGAUUGCAGCUGAGCAGGCCUGGUAUGGAUCAGAGAAAGUCUGGCUGGUCCACAAGGAUGGCUUCUCCCUGGCCACCGUGGUGAAGACAGAGCCUGGCUCCCUGCCAGAGGGUAAGGUGAAAAUCAAACUGGAGCAUGAUGGGACAAUACUGGAUGUGGACGAGGAUGACGUAGAAAAGGCCAAUCCUCCAUCAUAUGACCGAUCAGAGGAUCUGGCUUCAUUGCUGUAUCUGAAUGAAUCCAGUGUGAUGCACAGCCUGAGGCAGCGCUACGGGGGAAACCUCAUUCACACCUACGCCGGACCCAACAUGGUGGUCAUCAACCCCCUCAGCACACCCUCAAUGUACUCUGAGAAGGUGAUGCACAUGUUCAAGGGCUGCCGGCGUGAGGACUCAGCUCCUCAUAUUUACUCUGUGGCCCAGACGGCCUACCGCAACCUGCUCACCACCCGGCAGGAUCAGUCCAUUGUGUUGUUGGGCAAGUCUGGCAGUGGCAAGACCACCAACUGCCAGCACCUGGUCCAGUACCUGGUCUCCAUUGCCGGCAGCACAGGCAAAAUCUUCUCUGCGGAGAAGUGGCAGGCAGUCUACACCAUCCUGGAGGCUUUCGGUAACAGCCCUACCGCUAUGAACACCAACGCCAGCCGCUUCUCCCACGUAGUGUCCCUCGACUUCGACCAGGCUGGGCAGGUGGCCUCCGCUUCCAUCCAGACGAUGCUGCUGGAGAAACUUAGAGUGAGCAGACGACCUGAGGCCGAGUCCACCUUCAACGUCUUCUACUACAUGAUGGCCGGAGCUGACAGCAGCCUAAAAACCGAGCUGCACUUUAACCACCUGGCUGAGAACAGUGCUUUUGGGAUUCUACCACAGGCUAAGCCUGAGGACAAGCAGAGAGCCUUGCAGCAGUUCACCAAGCUGCAGGCAGCCAUGAAGGUGCUGGGCAUCUCUGGUGAAGAGCAGAAGGCCCUGUGGCUCAUCCUGGGGGCUAUAUACCAUUUGGGGGCUGCAGGGGCCACUAAAGACGGAGAUGAAGCGGGACGCAGGCAGUUUGCCCGUCAUGAAUGGGCCCAGAAGGCGGCCUACCUGCUGGGCUGCACCUUGGAGGAGCUGUCCUCCUCUAUCUUCAAGCACCAGGCCAAAGGACUGCAGCACUCCACCUCGUUCAGAGGAGGACCGGAUGAGGCCGGCCAAGGAGACAGCUCAGGCUCUAAGGUCACAGCUCUGGAGUGUUUGGAGGCCAUGGCAUCAGGACUCUACUCAGAGCUCUUCACUCUCGUCAUCUCCCUCAUUAACAGGGCUCUGAAGUCCAGUCAGCAUUCUCUCUGCUCCCUGCUAAUCGUGGACACUCCAGGUUUCCAGAACCCUCGGUUGGCUCAGCAGCAGCGGGGAGCCACGUUCGAGGAACUCUGCCACAACUACACCCAGGAGAGGCUGCAGACCCUGUUCCAUGAGCGCACCUUCGUCCAGGAGCUGGAGAGAUACAAGGAGGAAAACAUAGAGCUUGCUUUAGAUGACAUAGAGUCCAGUACCUCACUGUCUGUAGCAGCUAUUGACCAAGCCUCAACUCAAGCUCUGGUUCGUACUCUGGCCAGGACAGAUGAAGCUCGAGGCCUUCUGUGGCUGAUGGAGGAGGAGGCUGUGCAGCCUGGAGGUUCAGAGGAAACCAUGCUGGAGAGGCUCUUCAGCUACUACGGCUCUGCGCAGGGAGAAAACAAGGGGGCCAGUCUGCUGCUGCGAGGAGAGAAACCCCACCUCUUCUUGCUGGGCCACAGCCACGGGACAGACUGGGUGGAGUACAACGCUCAGGGCUGGCUGAGCCACGCCAAGCACAACCCUGCUGCCCAGAAUGCUGCCAUGCUGCUGCAAGACUCCCAGAAGAAGAACAUCAGCGGGCUAUUUAUGGGCCGGGCCAGCGGGGCCACCGUGUUGUCAGGCUCCAUUGCUGGUCUGGAGGGCAGCUCCCAGCUUGCUCUGCGACGAGCCACCAGCAUGAGGAAGACCUUCACCACAGGUGUGGCUGCUGUCAAGAAGAAGAGCCUGUGUAUCCAGGUCAAACUCCAAGUGGAUGCUCUGAUUGACAUGGUGCGUCGAUCCAGGGUUCACUUCGUUCACUGCCUGCUGCCCAAAGCAGAAGCAGUGGGAGGAGGAGGUGAGCCCCGUGUGACACAUGGAGAGAGCCCUGAUUCUGGCCUCAUGACUUUGGAUGUGGGCCUCCUGAGGGCUCAGCUGCGGGGAUCCAAGCUGCUGGAUGCACUGCGCAUCUACAGACAAGGAUACCCAGACCACAUGGUGUUCUCUGAGUUCCGCAGGCGCUUUGAUGUCUUGGCACCACAUUUGACAAAGAAGCACGGCCGACACUAUAUUGUCACAGAUGAGAAGAGGGCUGUGGAGGAGUUGCUGGAGUCCUUGGAGCUGGAGAAGAGCAGCUACCACAUGGGGCUGAGCCGGGUAUUCUUCAGAGCAGGAACUCUAUCCAGGCUGGAGGAGCAGCGGGAUGUUCAGACCAGAAGGAACAUCUCUCUGUUCCAGGCUGCCUGCCGGGGAUAUCUGGCCAGACAGGCCUUCAAGAAGAGGAAGAUCCAGGAUCUGGCCAUCCGCUGCAUCCAGAAGAACAUAAAGAAGAAUCGUGGCGUCAAAGGCUGGCCAUGGUGGAAACUGUUCACCACUGUCAGACCUCUGAUAGAGGUGCAGCUCACGGAGGAACAGAUCCGCGGCAAGGACGAAGAGAUCCAGCAGCUGAAGCAGAAGCUGGAGAAGGUGGAGAAAGAGAGGAACGAACUGAGACUCAACAGCGACCGCCUGGAGAGCCGGAUCACAGAGCUGUCAUCGGAGCUGGCUGAUGAGCGGAACACCGGGGAGUCAGCCUCCCAGCUGCUGGAGACCGAAACUUCUGAGAGACUCCGCCUGGAGAAGGACAUGAAGGACCUGCAGGCCAAGUUUGACAGCAUGAAGAAACAGAUGGAGUCCAUGGAGAUGGAGGUGAUGGAGGCUCGACUCAUCAGGGCUUCUGAGCUCAACGGAGAGAUGGACGACGACGACACAGGAGGAGAAUGGAGGCUGAAGUAUGAACGAGCCAUCAGAGAGAUUGAGUUCACCAAGAAGAGACUGCAGCAGGAGUUUGAUGACAAGCUGGAGGUGGAGCAACAGAACAAACGACAGCUGGAGAGGAGGAUCAGCGACCUGCAGGCAGAUAACGAGGAGUCCCAGCGAAACAUACAGCAGCUUAAGAAGAAAACCCAAAGAUUGACGUCUGAACUGCAGGACACCAAACUUCACCUAGAGGGCCAACAGAGCCGCAACCACGACCUGGAGAAGAAGCAGAGGAAGUUCGACAGCGAGCUGAGUGCAGCCCAGGAGGAGGUGCAGAGGGAGAGAAGUCUGAGGGAGAAACUGGCUCGAGAAAAGGACAUGCUGACCGGAGAGGCCUUCAGCCUCAGACAGCAGCUGGAGGACAAGGACCUGGAGGUAUGUGCAGUCAACCUGAAACUGGACCAGCUGGAGGCCGAGCUGCAGGACCUCAACUCCCAAGAGUCCAAGGAUGAGGCAUCGCUGGCCAAGAUGAGGAAGCAGCUUCGUGACAUGGAGGCCAAGGUGAAGGACCAGGAGGAGGAGCUGGAUGAGCAGGCUGGCACCAUCCAGAUGUUGGAACAGGCCAAGCUGCGUCUUGAAAUGGAGAUGGAGCGUUUGCGUCAAACCCAUUCCAAGGAGAUCGAGAGCAAAGACGAUGAGGUGGAAGAGAUCAGACAGUCCUGCAGCAAGAAGCUGAAGCAAAUGGAGGUCCAGCUUGAAGAGGAGUACGAUGAGAAGCAGAAGGUGCUGAAAGAGAAGAGAGAGCUGGAGUCAAAGCUUCUGUCCGCUCAGGACAAGGUGAGAGGUGGUGACAUUGAGACUGAGAAGCGUCUGAGGAAGGACCUGAAGAGAACCAAGGCUCUGCUGGCCGACGCCCAGAUCAUGUUAGACCAUAUAAAGAACAACGCACCCAGCAAGAGGGAGAUCGCCCAGCUCAAGAACCAGCUGGAGGAGUCUGAGUUCACGUGUGCGGCUGCAGUUAAAGCUCGUAAGUCCAUGGAGGUGGAGAUAGAAGACCUGCACGUUCAGAUGGAAGACAUCUCCAAAACAAAACAGGCGCUGGAGGAGCAGCUGAGUCGUCUGCAGAGAGAGAAGAAUGACCUGCAGUCCAGGAUGGAAGAAGACCAGGAGGACCUGAACGAGCUGAUGAAGAAACACAAAGCUGCUGUGGCCCAGUCGGCCCAGAACCUGGCUCAAAUCAGUGACCUCCAAGCCCAGCUGGAGGAGGCCCUCAAGGAGAAGCAGGAGGUGCAAGAGAAGAUGCAAGCCCUCCAGAGCCAGCUGGAGUUCCAGGAGCAGUCUAUGGUGGAGAAAUCCCUGGUCAGCCGGCAGGAGGCCAAGAUCCGCGAGCUGGAGUCCAAGCUGGAGUUUGAGAAGACCCAGGUCAAACGCCUGGAGAGCCUUGUAGCUCGUCUUAAGGAGAACCUGGAGAAACUGACAGAGGAACGGGACCAGCGCAGCAGCAGUGAGAACCGUGAGAAGGAACAGAACAAACGUCUGCAGAGACAGAUCCGCGACAUCAAAGAGGAGAUGGGCGAACUGUCCAAAAAGGAAGGCGAGGCCAGCCGCAAAAAACACGAGUUGGAAAUGGACAUCGAGAGCUUAGAGGCGGCUAAUCAGAGCCUGCAGGCAGACCUCAAACUAGCCUUCAAAAGAAUUGGUGACCUCCAAGCUGCCAUCGAGGACGAGAUGGAGAGUGACGACAAUGAAGACCUUAUCAACAGUUUACAAGACAUGGUGACAAAGUAUCAGAAAAGAAAGAACAGAACUCAGGGGGAUUCAGACACAGACUCUGAGGUGGAGGAUCGUGUGGAUGGAGUGAAGUCCUGGUUGUCCAAAAGCAAAGGUUCUACCAAGAACCUCUCAGAUGAUGGCAGCCUGAAGAGUUCCAGAUUUGCUGUAAACGUAGAUGCAAAAGAAGGGAAAGAGUGGAAAGAGGGUAAGGAAUGGAAAGAGGCAAAUAAGGAGGGCAAAGAGGUAGAGUCAAGCAGGCCAAUGUCAGUGAUGAGCUCGCUUAGCUACAGAAAACGCUCCAACCUUGAUUCCAAAGGGGACGCCCUCUUCAGCACCCUCAAGGAAAACACGGAGUCAGAGGAUGCUCUAUCUUUCCAUAAGGCUAAACCCAAAACUGCAAAUCUUCAGGAUGACACCUACUCAGUCAGCUCCAGGAGGAAAUCUCAGGCAGGAGAUGACAUGAAUGGCAGAGAAUCAGUCAUAUCCCAGGCCUACUCAGAGGCCAACAGUCGUGCCAGGAAAGGCAUGGACAGCCGCUGGGGUGACUUUGACAAUGAAUCGACCAUUUCAUUCACUGCACCAAGUCGGGCCUCCACCCGUCUUGGGUUAAGCCCAGAGAAUGAUGCCAAGUCUACCAUCAGCUUAGGUCUGUCAAGCCCACUUGGACGCCGUCAAAGCACCACACGCUUAGAUGAUGGCAGGGGCAGCCGAUCAAUGUAUGGCAGCAGUCCCAGUAGCCCUUGUUUUAGCCGACGGUCUGGUGGUCGCAGUCCUGGGAGCGUCAGCCGAGCUGAUUCCCAUAUGUCACUGGCACGCAGCUGCCGCCUGAGUGAGUUUGACGUUGAUAUUGAUGAUAGUCGAAGUGUGGCCUUCACUGAGAGGUCGGCAUACAGUCCGCAUUCCUCUACUGGCCGCAGUAUCUCCAUGCCACCACAAGCCAGAUCAUCAAUGACAGAUAGUGACCCAAUUGAUAACUUGGAUAUCAAACCUGUCAGUCAUCGCAACUACCUUGACCCAGACCUGGAGAAAGCCAUCAACGAGGUUCUGAGUUUCAAGCCUAUCAAAUUCAAGCGCCGGAGCUUGGAAGACUCUGAGGGUGAAGAAGGAAAAUCCCAGAAUGAUGGAGACAAAGGCAAGAGUAUCCGCAAUGGAGAAGGUACUCGUCCUGCCAGCAGUCUUAGACGCUCUGCAUCCGCUGUGGACUGCAUGAGAGCGUCCCGCAGUGCCAGCAGCUGCAGCAGUCGCCGCAGCAAGAGCAGAGGCAAAAGCAAGAAAAAGAAGAGAAGCCACAGCUCCGAAUCUGAGAGCUCAGGCGAUGACCGUCGCCACAGGAGUGGCUCCAAGAGGAGGUCCAAGAAGUCCAAGAAGAAGUCCAAGAAGAGGGAUUACUCAUCAUCAUCUUCAUCAUCUUCUUCGUCUUCAGAUUCUGAGUCAGACUCUGGGUCUGAAUCAAGCUCCGGUGCCUCCACCAUUUCGUACCGGAGCUCCAACAGUGUGAAGAGAGCCCCGACUCGAAAGGUGUCCAGUCCAGAAGGGGAAGGAGAAGUUGGGGCACAGAGCAACAACCAUCCUCCUAACAAAAAGGAGGAGAAGAAGAGGAAGAAGAAGGUGGACAGUCUGAUGAUGAAGUACCUGUACCGGCCGGACAGUGACUGAGGCAGUCACCCCCCUGGCAGAAGACGCUACUGCUUCGAUAGAUCUGAUGAAGAGGAGGAGGAAGAAGAAAAAGAAGAAGGCGGGGCGACCCAGAGC